AUGGUCGAGAUGGUCGAGAGAGAGGCAAAGCGACUGCAGAAUGCCGGCAGACCGAAGUUUGACCUGUGGAAAGAUGCUAAGGAUGCCGUGAGGUUUCUAUCUUUCAAUCCUAAUGGCAAUGCAAUCGUGAUGCCGCUCCUAUUGAUUACGGAGUCAAUUGCUCUUAAGAUUAUUACGGCUAUGGUCCCAUAUACUGAAAUAGACUACAAGGCAUAUAUGGAGCAAAUUGAAAUGAUUACAAUCGAUAAAGAAUUGGACUACUCGCAGAUUACAGGCGGUACAGGCCGACUUGUGUACCCUGCUGGACAUGUUAUGCUCUAUAAGCUAAUGUACAAGUUGACCCAUGGAAUGGAAUUGAUACCCCAGGGGCAAAUGGCAUUCCGAUACCUAUACUUAGCAACAAUGGCUCUCCAGAUGAUCAUAUACUAUCAGCUUCAACUGCCUCCGUGGUGCGUCGUGCUUGCCUGUCUUUCAAAAAGGCUACACUCCAUUUACGUUUUGAGAUUGUUCAACGAUUGCUUCACUACCUUCUUUAUGGUCCUUACGGUACUAUUACUGAUGCAGGGUUGUAGAAAGCGCGGCGCUGCUAUAUCAAUGUUGGCCUCUCUAGUGUACAGCAUUGCCGUCAGCAUCAAGAUGAAUGCGCUUCUAUAUCUUCCUGCUUUCAUGGUCUCCGUCUUCCUUAUAAACGAGGGAAGGCUAGCGGUGACUCUCUGCUGUUUUGCAACAAGUGUCCUGUGGCAAGUUCUAGUUGCGCUGCCGUUUCUACGAACAUAUCCCAUGGAAUAUCUUCAAGGUGCUUUCAACUUCACCAGGCGUUUUCUUUUCAAAUGGAGUGUUAAUUGGCAGAUGAUAGGCGAAGAUGGGUUUGACAGCAGCAUUUUUCACCGGUCUCUUCUCAUAAGCCAAGUUCUCGGAAUAUUGUCUGUCAUUCUUUUCAAGUAUCCAACUCUGCCGAGAGAUGCAGUGAAAUCCGUAAGACAUCCGCUGUCGAAAGUUAUGCCAGCUGUAAACGCUCCAGAUGUGGUACCGUUCGUUCUAGUAACAACCAACUUUAUUGGCGUCAUCUUCUCCAGAUCGCUGCAUUACCAGUUCCUAACGUGGUACCACUGGACUAUACCUGUUCUGCUUCAUUACUCGCGGCUUCCAUGGUUCAUGGGCCCUCUGUGGUACAUGCUACAUGAGUACUGCUGGAAUUCCUAUCCGCCAAACUCCCAAGCGAGUUCUUUGCUUCUCGCCCUCAAUGCCAUUCUGCUUCUGCUGAUAAGUGCAAACAAUCUUCCAAACUACAGCAAGUUCGCUAAUGUCCGAAAGAAAGAACAAUGA